AUGGCUGGAGGAAUCGGAAAAUGCAGUAAGAUCCGUCACAUUGUGAGACUCCGGCAGAUGCUACGACGGUGGCGCGAUCAAGCGCGGUUGUCUUCUUUCAGCCGGUGUGUACCGUCCGAUGUACCAUCAGGACACGUGGCGGUCUACGUUGGAAGAAGGUGCAGGAGAUUUGUGGUGCGCGCGACGUAUCUGAACCAUCCCGUUUUAAGGGAUCUUCUGGUUCAAGCCGAGGAAGAGUUCGGUUUCGUUAACCAAGGUCCGUUGGUUUUCCCUUGUGAAGAAUCGGUUUUCGAGGAAUCGAUUCGGUUUAUAUCCCGGUCUGAUUCGACUCGGUCAAGACGGUUUACUUGUCCUGAUGAUUUCCAGAAGAAUUGCCACGUGGAGAUCAGAAACAAGCUUGAUCUUUGGAUUGAAUCUCGACCGUUGCUUCACGGCGAAAAAGCAAUAUGGUGA